CUCGCCCACUGCCAUUCCCUUCGCCUACCCUUCUGAUAAAGGCCGCACAGCUCCUCCCUCGCUCCCUCCUCUUGGCUCUCUCCAGGACUUCCCUCCCGAUCACUCCUCCAUCGCACCAUGUAUCGCGCCUUGUCUUCUCUGGCCUCCAAAGCUCGGGUUGCCAGAGGCAGCAUCAGCAGCAGACAGAUUGGAAGUAGGCUUGGUUGGAGCAGGAACUAUGCUGCGAAGGAUAUUAGGUUCGGAGUUGAUGCUCGCGCUUUGAUGCUCAAGGGCGUGGAGGAUCUUGCGGAUGCAGUGAAGGUGACUAUGGGCCCAAAGGGUCGAAAUGUUGUUAUUGAGCAAAGCUACGGUGCGCCCAAAGUGACAAAGGACGGCGUCACUGUUGCUAAGAGCAUUGAGUUCAAGGAUAAAAUAAAGAAUGUGGGUGCUAGCCUUGUAAAACAGGUAGCCAAUGCUACCAAUGACGUUGCUGGUGAUGGGACAACAUGUGCUACCAUCCUUACUAGAGCAAUAUUUGCUGAAGGAUGCAAGUCAGUAGCAGCUGGCAUGAAUGCAAUGGAUUUGAGACGUGGCAUCACAUUGGCAGUUGAUACUGUUGUGACCAACUUGAAGAGUAGAGCAAGAAUGAUCAGUACCUCAGAGGAGAUAGCUCAGGUUGGUAAAAUAUCAUCCAAUGGAGAAAGAGAGAUUGGUGAACUAAUCGCAAAAGCAAUGGAGAAAGUUGGUAAGGAGGGAGUUAUCACAGUCUCAGAUGGGAAAACUUUGUACAACGAACUGGAAGUUGUCGAAGGAAUGAAACUUGACCGAGGCUACAUAUCCCCCUACUUCAUUACUGACCAGAAGAAUCAAAAAUGUGAGCUUGAAGACCCCCUUAUUUUGAUACAUGAGAAGAAAAUUUCAAGCAUAAAUGCAGUUGUCAAGGUGUUAGAGUUGGCAUUGAAGAGACAGAGACCUUUACUAAUUGUUGCUGAGGAUGUGGAAAGCGAUGCACUAGCAACAUUGACUCUUAAUAAGCUUCGAGUUGGAUUCAAGGUGUGUGCUGUUAAGGCCCCUGGUUUUGGUGAGAACAGGAAAGCUAGUCUUCAAGAUCUUGCCACUCUCACUGGAGGUUCUGUCAUAACAGAAGAACUUGGCAUGAACCUUGAGAAAGUAGAACUUGACAUGCUUGGUACAUGCAAAAAGGUGACAAUCUCAAAAGAUGACACAGUAAUUCUUGAUGGAUCUGGUGACAAAAAAGCUAUAGAAGAGAGAUGCGAGCAGAUACGUUCUGGCAUUGAAUUGAGCACAUCAGACUAUGACAAAGAAAAAUUGCAAGACCGAUUGGCAAAACUCUCCGGUGGAGUAGCUGUACUUAAGAUUGGAGGGGCCAGUGAAAUUGAAGUUGGAGAGAAAAAGGACAGAGUUACAGAUGCUUUGAAUGCAACUAAGGCUGCUGUUGAAGAGGGCAUUGUACCAGGUGGUGGAGUUGCACUUCUCUAUGCAUCUAGAGAGUUGGAAAAGUUGCAGACUGAUAAUUUCGAUCAAAAGAUUGGUGUCCAAAUAAUUCAGAACGCUUUAAAGGCUCCAGUGCAUACAAUUGCUUCCAAUGCAGGAGUGGAGGGUGCUGUCGUUGUUGGCAAACUCUUGGAACAAGAUAACCCCGACCUCGGCUACGAUGCAGCCAAAGGUGAAUAUGUAGACAUGGUAAAAUCAGGUAUCAUCGACCCGCUGAAGGUCAUCAGAACUGCCUUGGUAGAUGCUGCAAGUGUUUCCUCCUUGAUGACCACCACUGAGGCUGUUGUUGUGGAGCUCCCCAAGGAUGAGAAGGAUGUUUCUGCCAUGGGUGGUGCUGGUGGCAUGGCCGGAAUGGACUACUGAUCGCGCCUGCAACUGCAUUGACGGUCUUGUUUCUUUGGUUCCUGAUUCAUUGUUAGAUCAGUAUCUUCCAUUUGGUUGGCAACACUUCCCAUUUCUCAUUCACUUAUCGUCAGGGUUAAAGCUAAUGCUAAAAACUGGAGUAGGACUUUAUCCCCUAGCUGCCGGAACUAGUGGCUGUUCAAGAAAUCUUCAAUAAUAUUCUUUCCAUUUGAACAAUGGAAUCUGAUACCCCGUCAGAAUCCAUGAUUGAGGAGUUGGGAAGUCCGAGAGGUUGGCGUACGUGGUAUGGGCUGAAGGAUGGCUGAGGCUGGGUUGGGCCCAGAAGGUGGAGGAUAUGGUGUUCAACACUUUGGUCUUGGGUACUUGAGAGUUUGAGAUCGUAUGGUGCUAGGCGCUCGGGACUUGGGUGUAUUAGAGCACGGAUUCUUUGGUGCUCAAUCCUUAUGGCACGUUUGGUUUAGGUUAUUGCAGAUAACUUGGUUAUACAUCUACGGUUAUCCAUGAUAACUUCGUUUAGUUCGAGUU